UUGACCCUGUUUGAAGUUUGUUUUUGCUGUUGGUCUUUUGUAAACGGACGUUCCAUCUGACUGAUACACUGAACUCUGUUUGGCUCCCAGUACCAGCGGUGUUUCGGAUUUCUUUUACUGUCCAGUUUUUCCACCUUGUGGCCCCAGGGAUUAUGUUCCAUUGGUUGCUGCUCUGUCUGUGUGCCACAGCCAUUCCACCAGUCGUGGGUCAAGAACCAAGGUGCCACAGCUUCACAAAACUACCAGUGACUGAUACAAUCAUCGGCACGGACCUGGAGGUGAGACUUCUCCUCUACACCGGGAAGAACUCAAGUUGCGCUACUUUGAUCAAUGUCACUCAUACCGGCCUGCUGGAUAUCAACAAGAAGAUUAUCUUCCUUAUCCAUGGGUACAGACCAUUUGGAUCACCUCCAAAUUGGUUAAACAAGACGAUAAAGGCGCUACAAAAUGUGGAUGACUUAAACCUCAUCAUUGUUGACUGGAAUAGAGGAGCAACCACUAUUAAUUAUUCAGUUGCCGUCGCCAACACCAAGAAAGUUGCUGAAAUUUUGGGACAUGUGAUUGAUAGCAUACUGAAAAUUGGAGGCUCCUUUGACUUGAUCCAUUUGAUUGGUGUGAGCCUAGGUGCGCACAUUUCUGGUUUCGUUGGAAGUAGGUUUCAUGGACAGAUUGGGCGAAUUACAGGUCUUGACCCGGCUGGACCUUUGUUCCGGGGGAAGGGAGUGGAAAACAGACUAGAUCCUUCUGACGCUCAGCUGGUUGAUGUCCUCCACACAGACAUUGAUGCUCUUGGGUAUGAAGAGUUUUUGGGGCACAUCGACUACUAUGCCAAUGGAGGAACUGACCAACCAGGAUGUCCUGCCACUAUAAUAGCUGGCAAAAGGUAUAUGGUGUGCGACCAUCAAAGAUCUGUCUACCUGUAUAUAAGCUCCAUCAGCUCAACCUGUAACAUUACCGUUUAUCCUUGCACAUCUUACAAAGAAUUCCUGGACGCCUUUUGCACGGAACAUGACAAGACCUAUCCAAUAUUUGGUUAUCACAUUGACAAGUGGAAAAACAACCAUUUAAUGAAGUUUCCAAAUAAGGUGUUCUUUCAAACCUCCACUGAACAUCCAUUUUGCAUUCUCGAUGACAAGGUCCUUCUUCCUGCCAGUGACGCUGUGAUUGGCUCCCAGGGGGUGGUAGAUGGGGUCUAUUACCAGAAGCAAAAGUAUCUGGAGAAGGAAGAUCGAGGAGCAGCAAGUUCUGACCAACCUAAAAAGAUCACCUCAGGGAACUCUAUGAAUGGAGACCAUUGA